CAUGUCUGAUGUGGCUGCAAUGUUAAAAACUUUUAAAUCUUGUGACUCGAUCCCAAAGACAUAGCUCAAGUCUGCUUUGCUUUAGUCAGUGUUGAAGUUUUUGUGCUUUUAAUUAUUUUCAUUUUUUUGUGCUAUAAAUUCAUUUUCCAUGUUUCUUAAAAUAUCUUUUGUGUAAAUAACUCAUUUCUCAGGUGCUGGGUAUAUGUCAAAUAUUUAACUUCAUAAUAUAUUGGCAGUUGCCAUUAUUCUACUCCAUAAAUUUUGAUUCAAAAUUCCACAUUGAAUGAUUAAUACUGAUUUGGUGGGCAAUAUGAUGCAAGUGAGGGAUACCAAUCAAUCCAGGUGGUAGAUACAGAUCAAAGCUGUGUUGACAGAUAGAUUAAUCAUUUGCAAUUGUACCUGGUGCUUCAGAAAAAUAGAAACAAAAAGCUUUCUCUAAUCAUUAACCAAACUUGCAUAAAGGAACAACUUAAGUCAAACUUUACCAGUGAAGCUUGUUUAUGUUUUAUCAGAUUUUCAGUCAGAUUUUACAUACAUAAUUCUUAGACUAGAUUUUAAAUAAAAAAUUUAGUCCAACAUUAAUUGUUUGACUAUAUUUAUUAUCAUUAAAAAGUUUGAUUUGAUUCCAGCCAUUCAAUCUUUUUAAUUUUCUUAAAUCACAUUCAACCUGAGAGUUUUCAAGGUUAUCACCAAUAUCUGAGUAGAUUUAUACUUGAUAAAUUCUGUCACAAUAUGGAUGAGGUGCUGGAUAGCCUGAACAGCUUUAAUGUAAGUAGCCAUCACAACAGCACUCAUGCUGAACAUCCACGUUUUUCAAAUUUCAAGUGCAAGACAAGCAAGUCUUCACAAGAAGCAAGGAGGAAAGCUGUCCUUGCUGCCCGGUCCUUGGCACGUUACGAUCUUCUGAUGCACAUGCGUAAUGUGGAUGAAAAAUUGGACCCACCCACUGAGAUUUCCUCCUCCAACACAGAUUCUGAUGUCAAAGAUGUCAUUAUGGAGGAAGUGGAGAUGUGCUACAGGCGGCCUAAGCGCUACCAGGACUUCCUCAUGCUGAGCGAGUGGCUGGUGGAGGUGCCUGACACGUUCGCUUCUUCCUACGUGGUGGUGCCUUGCCCUGUGGGCACCAGGGUGCUCGUUGUGUCUGGCAGUGGGCUGACAUACAUGUACGGACGCAACGGCAAGUGCAUGGAAAGGUUCUACUCAGUGCUGCCUGGUGGGUGUCCCGUGACCUCGCCCAGAGGCUACUCUAUGAUUGACUGUAUCGUCAGCUACGAGACCAACACAUUCUAUGCGCUUGACUUGAUAGCCUGGAUGAACCAGUCUUUUAUGGGCUGUGAGACGCAGUUCCGGCUACAGUGGCUAACAUCUAGACUGAAAGAAUCCUCACCAGACCCUGCAGUUGUGUCAGACGACAACGCUUAUCGUUUCGUGGGCCUGCCGCACGCACCUAGCACGCCUGAGAACAUCCAAGCCAUGCUACAGCACCCAGGUCUUGAAGGGCUGCCCCUGGACGGCUUGCUCUUCUACCACAAGGAAGGUCACUACACGCACGGCCCCACGCCCCUGGUCGGCUGGCUCAAGGCACACAUGCUGCCCGAGAUACUCGACGUUGCUGUACCUGAGGCGCUAAUGGCGACCAGACCGCGAAAUUACGUGUCGCUACCGCAGCACAUCGCCUACGGGAAGCAGGCGCGGGAGGCUCGACUCGCCGCCAACGCUGCUGCCAAGCAACAAGCCCAGCUCGCCAAGAACGAGAGGCGGAGGCAGAAAAAUCUCGCUCAAGCGAAUGACAUGGACACCUCAGGCUCACUGGACUCGAACGCCAGCUCCUCAGAUCCUGCCCAAGACCAGGCCUCAUCCUCCCCCAGCUCUUCUGAGGUUCCAGAUCUAGGCGAUGUCAACACCGACCCAAGAUGAAUCCAGACAGCAACGCAUAUUAUUAAAAACUUGAUAUUUUUUACCAUAGUUGACGUAACUUCUGUUUAUUUUUCCCCUUUGUAACGACAGUCUUACCUGCACUUCAGGUGGCUUAGCUCUCUAUGGUAUUUUUCUCAUUGUAUCUAAAAAUUGGAAUUAAAAACACCAGCUUAUUUGCAAGUGAGGUCACAUUACCCACAUGAGUGAAUAAUGUGGUAGUCCAUAUACCUUAUGAACCGUCUGCAAAGGAACUACCAAGAGAUUUAGUUAUUACUUUAGUAGGUAACUGAGAUGAGGCGGUGGCAUACCAUGUAAAUAGAUUAGCCUCCGUUUAAGUUAUUUUUUUUUUGCCGGUUUCCAUGUGUUUGCAAAUCUUGCCUCUUGAAUCUGCGCUUCGGGAAUACCAGACUUCUGAAGACAAGCGGGAUACUGUGGCGAUGUUCUGCUUUUCCCGAAGUUGCAAACAGCGUGUUGCAUUUGCCCCUGCGCUCAGAUAGUGAUAUAUACUUAUUCAUGGAGAUUAUACGUAAUUAUAAAUUGCGCUCGCAAGGAAACGUUCUCCUAAAGAACUUUGAGCAUAAAUUUAUGCUUCCUUCUUACGUUCAAAAUGUACCGCUUCAUAUUAUUAGAAUUUCAAAGCAAUCUUUGUGGCAUUAUUGCUUGGUUUGAUUAAAUUCCCGGUGAAGUGAGGUCCGCUUAGGAGGUCCGUGACAGGUCUGGCGAAGGUUGCUCAGCUGCUGCGUUUCAAGUGGCCAACGUUUGUUUACAAAUCCUACUCAUUAAUUCUGUUCAAGAAAGCAGCCUCGAGGAUCUAAUACUUCAUCCGCAUUGUUGUAUCUGUGAUCGCUUCGAGGCUCUCGUGGGUCACUAAAUUGUUUUCAGAUAGUUUACAGUCACAUUAUUUCUUGAAUGGACGGGCAAUGACAAAUUUUGGCAAAGUUUUUUUUUUCUAAUAUUGUAUUCCGCGUUUCAUGACUCGAGGACCUAUUGUACCAACGAAUAAGUUGCCCGUACGUUGAUAAAUCGCCGUUGCCUCUUAGCUCUUCGUAUUCUAUGCAAUUCCCACUUGAACGAAAGCAAGAACAACAUAACGUCCGUAACAUGUUCAUCUUGGUUUUUAUGGCUGCUGGAAGAAGUAGUCAGAUGUGACGGAAUGAUUUUCGUGCCGUAGUUUAGAUUAAUUUUGUAUGUAAAAAAGUGGAAUUAGUUUAAGGCUGAGUGCAACACGUUUUCACGUAUUUAAUAUUUUUUUUUAUUGUAAAACCCAUUAAAACGUAGUAAUAAUGCUGGUUCUGCAGGUACUCGAUAUUCUAUUAAUUCUUAUCUUCAAGUUACGAGCAGUUUUGAUAUCCUCUGUGACCUCAGAUGUUAGUUAGCAUUUGUGAACAAAAUCAUUAAUAUCGAUUUUACGGCUCCAUUUGAACUGCGAUUCUUGUUACUUCGCGAUAGUUUUAUAAAUCGGACGAGUAAGUCGAACUGUAUAUUGAUCGAGUUAUAAUAUAAACUCUGCGGCGUCUUCAGUGCGCUUAUGUAAACAAAAGGCAGCCAUGCAGUCCAACAUCUUCACUGCAACAACAAACUUUUCUCGAGACUCAUAAUGACUUAUAAUCAGAGUUUGGCCUCCGCCUUAUUCACUUUCUGUAUCCAUUCUCAUCUGCAGUAUGUUUGUGAAUCAGUCGAAUUGUUUGGAAGUUUAGUCGAUAGCCAUCUGUCUAAAGAAUUUGGUAACUCCUUUCUAUAUUUAUUUUAUCUUACUACGCAAUUUUUUGCAUCUGAUAUCUUUUCAACCAAAGCUAAGAUUUAACUUUGUAUUUGACUCGCCUAAUGUGAUGAAUGUUGUUUGUAAGUAAGUUGGAAGUUCAGAAAAACGGUUUUCUGUGAUUAA